AUGAAUAUCGAUCCAGCUAUGGAAGAGGCCCAGAGAUACCUCAAACAGAGCGAAGGAUGGGCGCCAGUACACAUUGGUAAAGAUUGGGUUGCCGUCAAGCGUCUGGGUGAAGGUUCUUAUGGCAUAGCUACCCUGUUUGAAUAUCGAGGAAACAACCCAGAUGUAUCGCCGCGGAGGUUGGUGGUUAAACAGGAAGGAGGACCAGGUUUGAAUUUGAAACAGGAGAGUAGGAUGAUGCAAAGUCUUAUGAAGUAUGACAGUGAUCAUAUCGUCAAGAUAUAUAGGGCUUAUCAUCGGACUAUGGGCACGGGGACAAACGACGCUACAGACCGGGCUAUUGUGGAUUAUGGUAAUUGGCUGGAAAAUGAAAAGAGGCGCGACGCCAAUAUUAAGGUACAGCUCAGGCGAAAAUAUGAUAUCGCGAGGAUUUAUUUAGAAUUUGCAUCUGGAGGGGACCUAGGAAGUUGGAUGUACGAGAAUUGCCAGAACCAGCGCCCUCCAGAGGAAUAUAUUUUUAGAAUAUGGGAAUGUUUGUUGAAGGCACUGAUGGUUUUGAAAUAUGGGACAGAGAAUCCAAAUGAUUCAAUCUUUGAAGAGCAGCCAAAGGAUCGUCAGCAUCAACAAAUUGCGCAUUUUGAUAUCAAGGGGCCAAAUAGCCAUGAACGUAUAUCAGUUCACAAGCUUGCGGACUUCGGGCUCGCACUUGAGGUUCCUGACGCCGAAGUAUUGAAAAAGAGUGCUGCCAAACGGCGAGCAUGGCUCAAGAUAGCUCAAGGACGCAACACCUACCAUGCACCUGAACAAUACUCAGUCGCCAAUCCAAACCGCGUAAUAGGCACCGCAACCGACGUGUGGAAUGUUGCUAAUGUUAUUUACCAAUGCUUGGUAAAUAACAAUCACGUAGCCGAAAAUGAGUUCUUUGAGACAGGAGUCGACCCCGACCCCUCCGAGACAUUCAGAACCAUGGGCAAAUGGCUCUUGCAUCCCGAACUAGAAGUUUAUAGUAGAAGAUUUAGGGGGUUGAUUUUAAAGUCUUUAGCAUAUUAUCCCGGAGCACGUCCGGAUGUACGGGAUUUACUAGUACAGGUACAAGAAUCUGUAGAUUUCUGGAAUUUUGGCGAAAGUCAUGACUUGUUUUUGGGAGGCAUUUAUGGGGGGGAAUAUGGGUGGGAUGAAAAAUAUCCGGACCCUCCUCGGAGACCGAGUGAAGAUCAAGGUAUGGAGGUAAUCAAGUUGCAAAAGGAGAGGCAGCCACGAAAACCAGACUACAGUAAUCCAAGGUGGUGGAAACGGGCCGAAGAUGAUUAUGAUUACGAUGAUGUUGAUCUUUUAUUUCCAACUCGCAAGGCGCUUCAAAUGGGAUAUAGAGAAAUGCCGUUCGAAUUGGGAGAACCGAUAAGCCACCAGGCAUUCCCUGAUUGGAGAGCAAUCGGGCCAGAUGGAAAGCCGGUGCGAGAUCCUGUACCGCGAGACUUUGAUGACCCAGAAGAUGAUCCUGAGGAUGACGCGGACGACCCAGAAGAUGAUGCAAAUGAUCCAGGAUACGUUCCACAAGGAGAAGAUCAACGCGCCUACAACCAGGCAAAAGAAAAAGGAAAAGGAAGAGCAGCACCAAUGUUCGAAAGGGCCUUGGCCAUCGAGCGGGGCGUAAAAAGAAUGCGCACACCCGAAGAAGAAGAAGCUCGUCCCUGGACAAAGACUCCCCCUCCUGUCGGAAUGAUCCCGAAAAGAAAAGCUCGAAAACUCAAACGCCGAAUAGCCCCGCCUAAACGUAGACUACCAGUACCAGUUCCUGUGGCGCCUGAUCGCGAUGCAAAGAGACAACGAGUAGAGGGCCCUGUCUCUCCGCAGUUUCUUGGAAAAGAGUAUAGAAUGAAUACUGUGGGGAAACUGAUGGUUCGGCGGGCGGGACCUUCGCCUAAAUCGGGAGAAAUAGAGGUGGAGAGGAGCACGCCGUGGGCUUUGAAUCGACCGAGUCCGAAAAAGAGAAGGGAACAAGAUAAGUAUGAUAACUGGUAUAAUGAUGCUUGA